UAAAAGCUACCCAGGGCUCUGUACAGGCUGAACUUUGGACGUGUGCAUCUCAUGUGAGAAAUGCAGGAAGGCUUUUAGGUGGAGGAAGUGGCCUCUGGCUGUCUUGUGACUAUCACUCACUCAUCACAGAAACCACAGUACAAACAGAAACUGAGACACAGAGACACAGCACGGGAAAGGGACUGCAUAGAUUUUUUUCUUUUCUCUUUGUAUCAUGCCAAACUACAAACUGUUUUAUUUUAAUAUGAGGGGAAGAGCUGAAAUUAUUCGUUACAUAUUCGCUUAUUUGGACAUAAAGUAUGAAGAUCACAGAAUAGAACAAGCUGACUGGCCUAAAAUCAAACCAACUCUUCCAUUUGGCAAAAUUCCUGUUUUGGAGGUAGAAGGAGUCACUCUUCACCAGAGCCUUGCAAUAGCAAGAUAUCUGACCAAAAACACAGACCUGGCUGGGAAGACAGAGUUGGAGCAAUGUCAAGCUGAUGCAGUGGUGGACACACUGGAUGAUUUCAUGUCACUCUUUCCAUGGGCAGAGAAAAAUCAAGAUCUAAAGGAGCAGAUGUUCAAUGAGUUGCUCACACGUCAAGCACCUCAGCUUCUGAAAGAUUUGGAUACAUACUUAGGAGACAAAGAGUGGUUUAUUGGCAAUUAUCAGGUAACCUGGGCAGACUUCUACUGGGAUAUCUGCAGCACCACACUUUUGGUCUUAAAGCCUGACUUGUUGGAUAUCUACCCCAGGCUGAAGUCAUUACGGAACAAAGUCCAAGCUAUUCCUGCCAUUUCUGCCUGGAUACUAAAGAGGCCACAGACAAAACUCUAGAUGAUUCAGGCCCAUCAUCAGCCGAGAGCUCCAUCAACUAGAGUUUCCGCACACUUCUCACCAAUAGGACUCUUCUGCUUGCUAUGUAGGACUCUUUUGUUGUGGUUUUGUCUUUUUCUGUAGGCAUUUAGUUUCUAAUAUUUUUCUAAAAUUUUACACCUUUUUAUAAUCGCAGGGAAAGAGUUCACAAUAUACGUAGUUGUGCAUAGAUAUCAACACGCAUGGGUGCUUUAGUUAAACGACACUAGCUUCCUGGCUAGUGUAUCAGUCACCACAGUAUCUUAACUAUGAGGAAUCAUGUGAAAUACAGAUUGUGCAGCUAGCUCUUCAAUCAGCAAAUUGCUACACAGAACUAAUGGUCACUAGUCACUACGUUAUUCAGAUAUACACCAAAGUGUAUAAGGUACUUCACAAAAAUGCACAUCUGUCUGACACAUGACAAAAUGGGUAAUAAAAGGAAGGAACUCAUAAAGAUUAAAAGACAGCCAAGGAAAGUGAUGUUGAAACUUAACUGAAAUUCCACAGAAAUGGAGUAACAGAAAGUUGACUGAAUUCAGCACUUGCAAUUCAGUAGGCUGUAGAGACAACGAAAGGAGCUGUGACAUAGAAACAAGACAAGAGACAGAGGGUUACAAUAAUCCUUCACAUUAAAAAAACAAAAACAGGCUUGAGAGAUGGCUCAGCAGUUAGCACUGACUGCUCUUCCAGAAAUCCUGAGUUCAAUUCCCAGCAACCACAUGCUUGUUCCCAACCAUCUUUAAUGGGAUCUGAUCGUCUGGUGUGUCUGAAGAAACAGUGUACUCACAUACAUAAAAUACACAAAUAUUU